AUGGAAUUCAAUGAUGAAAACUCUGGGAUUGCUUUAAACCUUCCACAGAGGAAGACGAAGUUAAAGAAGCCAACAGAAAGGAAAAAAUGGAAUAAAGUAUCUCCCUCUAAGCUCCAAACCCAAAAAUGCCCUAAAAAAUUAUCAAAAAAUUCAAAAUUUUCAAACCCUUCAAAAACUCCUAAAACUAACUCAAACCUCAAAAUCUCAACCCUCUAUAAACCCACAAAAGCCUUCCUUCACAAAUUAAAACUGCAAAAAACCCAAAGACACCUAAAAUCACCUCCAAAGCCUCUAAAAUCCCUUUCAAACCCUAAUUCACCCCCUAAAAUCCCAAAAAAGAACGAGAAUUUGGGUAUUAAAAAGCUGGCUUUUGAAAAUAAACCUGAACUUCAAAGCCCUCAAGAGGAACUUCAGGACUAUUGUGAGCUUGUAUCAGACAGUGAUUCAUGAUCAGUCCCGGUUGUUUCAGCCACGGCGAGCUUCAAGAGCAGCUGCAGCGGCAGCAAUGACUUGCCAGUGACUGUUCCUGCUGGAGAUAAUUUUGUCGAUACCAGAUUGAAAGAGAUUCAACAAGAAAAGCAGACUCUUAAGAAUGAACACGAUCAAGCAAUGGCAGCUUUAAAUAAAAGUAUAUGUAAACUCCAGAUAGAGAACACAAGGUUGAAGACAGAAAUGUCAAAAACAAAUGCUAAAAUCAAGGAAGCUGACCAAAAUGAACAUUACCUCGACCUAGAAAUCUGCACUCUCAAGUCCAAACACUGCUCUCUCAUUUCCAAACUCUCCUCUCUCAAGACCCGUAAAACCUUCCAAGCCAGCUACACUAAUAUUCAACUGAGCAUUGAGAAAAUGGAGGCUAUUAAGGAAGCUAAUAGGCUAAAAAUUGGGUUUUAGUCAGUGUAUGUGUUGGAAAAUUCAAUGC